AUAGCCCAAGGUACUGUCACCAUGCUGUCCUGUGCCCUGCUCUACCUUUUGGCCGUGGUCUGCACUGCAAGGAGAACCCAUGCUUUACCGCUGUACACUGGCACAAACUUAGUGCCGCAGGAAGAUGUGAACCAGCUGCUGGAGGUGGAAAUGGAAGAGAGGGGGAAUGCUGAAGCAGGGGACCAGAGGGUGGUGAAAGACAUGUCCCCCUACCUGCUACAGCUGGAGAGAGACAGAGACAACUGGACUAAAGAUGUUAAAGAUCCUUCACAGCAGGAGAAAAUGAGCAACAUGGUGGAUUAUAUUAAGACAGCUGUGCUGAAGAUGGCUGCCGCCGACAACCUACGCUCCCAGGGCCUUCGUCGGUCCGACGGCUCACCGAAGACCAACAAAAGGGCUUGCUUCUGGAAGUACUGUGUAACAAACUGACGGCAGUCUACUUCACGAAAGACAAGAAAACCAACCAGUCCAGCCUGGACAGGCACUGUGUGUCCACUCUACCCCUCUCAAAUCCACCCACAGAACACCCCUUCCCCUAGCCCCACCCAUGUGUUCGACAUUAAAAGACUCAUCACUCAGCUCCAA